AUGGCGGAACGCUAUAUCCCCGAGCACCGUCGGACCCAGUUCAAGGCCAGGAACCAGUUCCGCCCCGAUGAACUCCGCCGCCGUCGUGAAGAACAGCAAGUUGAGAUUCGAAAGCAGAAGCGAGAGGAGAACCUGGCCAAGAGACGUGGUAUUCAGACCCGGGAUGGUGGAAUCGGUGUUGGCGGUGGCAUGGCCGCCGCGACUGAGAGUGAUGACGAGGCCAGUGCAAUUGAAAGUGAGCUCAAUGUCGAACUCCCCUUGAUGGUGAAGGGUGUUUUCUCCGACCAGGUUGAGGAGCAAAUUCAGGCCACCACAAAGUUCAGAAAACUCUUGUCCAAGGAGCGCAAUCCUCCGAUCGAGCGCGUCAUUGAGACCGGUGUUGUCAACCGUUUUGUUGAAUUCCUUCGCUCCCCCCACACCCUGGUGCAGUUUGAGUCGGCUUGGGCUUUGACCAACAUUGCCUCCGGUUCCGCCCAGCAGACCCAGGUCGUCAUCGAGGCCGGUGCUGUCCCUAUCUUCGUUGAGCUUCUGAGCAGCCAUGAGCCCGAUGUCCGAGAACAGGCCGUGUGGGCACUUGGAAACAUUGCUGGUGACAGCCCUCAUUGCCGUGACUUCGUGCUGGGUGCUGGUGCUCUGCGCCCGCUGCUGAACCUCAUCAACGAUGGCCGGAAGCUGAGCAUGCUUCGAAAUGCCACCUGGACCCUUAGCAACUUCUGCCGUGGCAAGACCCCGCAACCGGACUGGAACACGAUUGCCCCGGCCCUGCCUGUCCUUGCCAAGCUCAUUUACAUGCUGGACGACGAGGUCUUGAUCGAUGCUUGCUGGGCUAUCUCAUACCUGUCUGAUGGCGCCAACGACAAGAUCCAGGCUGUCAUCGAAGCCGGUAUUCCCCGCCGUCUGGUGGAACUCCUCAUGCACGCCUCUACCUCCGUCCAGACUCCCGCUCUCCGUUCCGUCGGCAACAUUGUCACUGGCGAUGACGUUCAAACCCAGGUUAUCAUCAACUGCGGAUCCCUCCCUGCCCUGCUGUCUCUUCUGAGCUCUACCAAGGAUGGCAUUCGGAAGGAAGCUUGCUGGACCAUCUCCAACGUCACUGCUGGCAACUCGAGUCAAAUCCAGGCCGUUAUUGACGCCGGCAUCGUUGCCCCGCUGAUCAACUUGCUGGCUAACGGGGACUUCAAGACUCGGAAAGAGGCCUGCUGGGCCAUUUCCAACGCGACCUCGGGCGGUCUGCAGAAGCCCGAGCAGAUCCGCUACCUCGUUACACAAGGUUGCAUCAAGCCCCUCUGUGAUUUGCUUGCCUGCCCGGACAACAAGAUCAUCCAGGUGGCUCUGGAUGGUCUGGAGAACAUCUUGAAGGUCGGCGAGCUGGACAAGGAGUCCGGCCAGCCUGGCGAGACCCGUGUCAACCGUUUCGCUCUGUUCAUCGAAGAGGCUGGUGGCAUGGAGAAGAUUCAUGACUGCCAGAACAACGCCAACGAGGAGAUCUAUAUGAAGGCCUACAACAUCAUCGAGAAGUACUUCUCGGACGAGGACGAGGCCGGUGGUGACAUCGAUGAGCUGGCACCCCAGCAGACCCAGACUGGCUUCGCUCUCGGUACCGGCCAACAGCAGCCCGGCGGGUUCAACUUCGCCAACGGCGGUGAUUCUAUGGAUAUGUAA